AAAGCGCCAUGUGAUGUACAGAUGGCAUAGUACAAUACCAACAAUACCACAAGGACCACUGGAUACGAUUUCACUGUGUUCGGCUCCGCGCUUGCUAGCUCUUCGUUUGAAACCCACGGCCCUCUUAGCGCGAAAGGGCACAUAUCCCGGGGUAACUAGUCGAUCACGUGGGACUCGGAGCGGGCAUCCGGAGCAAUCUGGUUGACGGCACUGCAAUGGCGUCCUCUGAAGCCACUUCGACAGCGGCCAUCGAGCCUGCUGUGCACACCAACUUGACUGGCGGCAACAAGGCUAAGUCUUCCGCGACCGCAUCGAAGGCUCGAACCGCUGCGAAAGUGUUUACCAUGCAAACGAAUAUUGGCCUCAAGGCCAUGCACGGUGGAUAUUGGUUCACAUUUUCCUCACAGUUAUUGAACCGUUGCCAAUGGCGAUGCGACUUUCUCAAGUGCGGUGCAACCUUGAAAACGAAGGACUUUAAUGGCCAACACUACUUGAUCUGCGCCAAACGGCACAACAUAGAGGCGCACAAGCGCGAGUCUUCUCGUCCUUCUGAAGGCUGUGUUCGGAGCUCGUGCACUCCGCGCGAUGGCCCAAAACGCAAGGCGGACUCCUCCGCGGACAAGCGACCGGAGACCAUCAACACCGACGGACAGGUCCCGACGAAAAAGUCGACAAGCGGCCACCUGUCCAUGGCUAGCGACAGGCAGCACUCCCAAGACACGCCGCAGGGGAAGGCUGAAGACACAGCGGGUGACAACAGCAAGAUAGAAAGUGCCAAAGUGAGCUUCGCGGGCAUCCUGGUCGAUAGUCCGGCUGCGGCUGAUCGGCCAAGUCCCGUCCACUUCCAGCAUCCCAGGGGCUCAGACGAACCAGGAACUUCUGCUUGGCCGUCCGGUCACCAAGGGGCUCAAGAAAGCGAGAUUCUUCCGCCACCUACUCCACCUGCGAGGCCUGACCACGCCGACUCUGUCCAAAACGACGCCGAUGACGGAGACGACAGUUAUUGUAUUUCGUCCGACGACUCCAUGAACGGGGACGUCGGAGAGAAGCCCGGUGCCAUCAAACAUGAAGCAGGCGACGUGAAUUCUCGGGACGCGAAGGCAGGCGUCAAGGGAUCACUCGAACCUGCAUUCCGAAUCGCUUCGUACGAGAGCACGAGGAACGGCUGGAACGCCACCGACGAUUCAGCCAGAAUAGCGUUAACAAUGCACGGUUUGGGCAGCACGCAAAUCGUGUUAAAUAUGAGUCCGGAAACUGGGGAUCCGCGCGAGAAAGAACUGCGAGUAACCUUGCUUCAGGAGGCGUGCCGUCUGCUAAAGGCCCAGGCCGAUUGGGCGGUAUUGCGAAUUGAGCUUUUAAGCAAGGGACUUUAUUCCAACAUGACCGACAACGCAAACUAGCGCGCGUGCAGCCUUCGGUGGUUCAUAGUAGGUUUGUACUGUUCCCUUUACUAGAGCGCUUUUUGUGUAGCCCUUGUAAACGGAAGAGUAACACUUUGUUCUUUCCUUUAGCACCUCGCAGUGGUUGCACGGUACCAUUUUUGAGCCAAGGCGCCGGUCGAGGGGCAGAUUUAAGGGAGGCCAGGGGGGGGGGGGAAGGCAGGGAGUGUGGAGGGGGGAGGCCCCGCCCUUUGAGCUUUCCAAGGCCAUCCUUUUUUUGAAAAAAACAAGAAAUAAAACAACGACAGAACACUAGCUUUUUUAGAAAGAAAUGUUCAGUUUUUGUGAAAUAUUCAUUAUUAUAUCAGCAAAAAGGAUCUCGGCAACGCUUCACCCCUGAAAGCAGAUCUCCCUUUCCCCCCUCCCCCAACCUGUUCUAUAAAUCCCCUUCUGCGCCGGUCAAUGGCAAUACAAAGUGCACACACCCGACGCCGUGAUCGGCUGGCGCGCUUCUCUCUUUACCAGUAUCUCUGUCCUGGCUGCAUGAUUCCAUUUUUGAGUGAAGGGGCGGAAAGAAAAAAAAAACCUUUUCAGCUAUGAAUCGCGUUACGUUUAUGUGCUAUACUUUGGCUUAAGUGACGCGCACGUUCCUUAAAAGAAAUAAAAACACGAGUUGGCUUUUUGGCGUA